AUGUUUUCAAAAUACGAUUUUAUAAAAGAUCUAAAUUCCUCUAAGGAUGAUUGGAGGAUUAAGGUUAGGGCCAUUAGGACUUGGAAGGUCCCUAAUUAUGAGAAAAAGGGAUUUGAUGACAAUCUGGAGAUGAUUCUGGCAGAUGAACAUGGUUCUACGAUCCAUGCUACUGUCAGAGGGACUUUGCAAGUUAGAAAAAAAAUUAUAGAAGGGGAAGCGUACUUUAUUAGAAAUUUUGGAGUUGGAUUGAAUGGUGAAGGUUUCAAGGCAACUAGGCAUGUUUACAAAAUUUCUUUCAACUUGAGGACAGAUGUUAAGGCCAUUGUUGAUGCUACCAUACCUGUCAAUUAUGUCAUCGGUUUACUGACUGGAACUAGCGAAGUUGAAGAGCAUGAUGUGUUUGGUAGGAAAGCAAAAAAAAUUAUGCUGGAGCUUGACAACCGCAGGGAGCAUUAUGUUGAUGAAGUGCAGAGUUUUUUGGCAAAUAAUCAGGCUUCUCAGAAUGUUAUAAUAGUUCAUCUUGCAAAUAUGAAGGAUUUCAGAG